AGCUGCUACGUAAGCGGGAGGGAGGAGCAGCCUGCGCUGGGCGUCGUCAUUCUCAUUUGUAUUCCGGCGCGGAGGAGAGCGGAGGGCUGCGGGGAGGAGGCGCUCUGGAAGGGCGCCUCCGGUAGGGGCCAUGGCUUCCGAGAAGGGCUCCUGGAGCAGUCUGACCAUGCUGCAGAAGGUGGCCCUGGCACUCGGGGUCCCCGCCAGCGGGGCGAUUCUCUACAUCCUGUAUCGCCGUUACCGGGAGAGCCAAGAGGAGCGGGUGACGUUUGUGGGCGAGGAGGAGCUCCAGGUGGAGAUGAAGGUCCCGAAGGAUGCCGUGAAGCUGCUCAUCGGGCGCCACGGAGCCAACGUCAAGCAGCUGCGGAAGGAGACCCAGGCCCGCAUUGACGUCGACGUGGAGGAUUGUGGCGAGGAGCGCCUGAUCCGCAUCUGUGGCUCCGCUGUCCAGGUGUGCAAGGCCAAAGCCGCAAUCCACCAGAUCCUGGAGGAGAACAUGGCUGUGACGGAAAAGAUCCUUGUGCCCCAGCGUGCCGUGGGGCGCAUCAUUGGCAGGGGCGGGGAGACAGUGCGAGCCAUCCACCAGAGCACGGGGGCCAAGAUCGAUUGCGACCGCGAAGGGAGUUUUUCGCUCACCCGCCAGAUCACGCUCUCUGGGACUCGCAAGGAGGUGCUGGCAGCUAAGAAACUGAUCGCGGAGAAGGUUUUGGAGGAUGAGGCCUUCCACAAGAAACUCUCGCACUCGGCUUUGGCCCGGUCCCAGCGGAAGCAGCCUUUGGGCACGAGGAAGGAGGACGCUGGCGGCAGCGGCGAUCGAAGGGGAGAUCUUCCUUGCACCGGAGAAGCUUUCCAUCAGCCGCUGGGGACCCCACGCCAGGAAGGAGCUGCUGGGAAGUUCCCAGAAUACCCCCCCGAGGAGCCACAGGAGCUGAGGAGCGAAGGCGGCUCCUCCGAGGAGUCCUUAUCAGAAACCUCUUGCCUGAGCUAUGCUUUUGAAGUCCCCAGCCCGGAUUUCAGCUUCCACGCCAAUGAGCACCUGGAGGUCUACGUCUCGGCCUCCGAGAGCCCGAACCACUUCUGGAUCCAGAUUAUCGGCUCGCGCACCUUCCAGCUGGACAAGCUCACCCGCGAAAUGACUCAGUACUACGACACCGGAACCCCUGAGGGUGAACGUGGGGACAUCGUGGCCGCUCCAUACCCCGAAGACCGCGCCUGGUACAGGGCCAGAGUCCUUGGCACACUGGGCAAUGGAAACAUGGACCUCUACUACGUGGACUUUGGUGACAACGGAGAGGCUCCUUUGGAGAAGCUGCAGCUGUUACGGAGUGACUUCCUCAGCCUCCCCUUCCAAGCGAUAGAAUGUGGCCUUGCCGGAAUCGCUCCAGUGGGAGAGUCUUGGUCUGAAGCCGCGUUGGACGAGUUUGACCGCCUCACACACUGCGCCAAGUGGAAGCCGGUGCUGGCAAAGAUCUCCAGCUACCUGCCUGCUGGGAGCAGCACCUGGCCUCACGUCAGAUUGUACAAUACCACCAGCGGGCAGGACAUCGACGUCGGUGCAGAGCUGGUGCGGCUGGGCUACGCGGUGCAGUGCCUGCAGGAUGGAGACGGCGGGGCUGGAGAUGGGCCUGAUCCGUUAGACAAAGGUGCCCAGCACAGAAGCUUGGGAGACACGACGGGGGUGUCCCUGGAGAGCCUUCUCUCAGACACACAGAAGACCCCCGACGAGAUGCCCCUCACUUUGUCUUGCCUCAGCCUUUCCGAUGAGCCUGUUGAAGGACCUCGGGACGAGACGGAGCCCCCCCACUGCUUGGCAUCCACCCUGGAAGGUCUCCCCCCCUCGCUGGAGUCCCUGCAGCUCUCCCUCCCCUUUGCCACCCCUUCGGAGGGUUUCCCCUCCACCCCUCGCCCCUGUGAAAUAGGGGACGGCAGGGGGCGCUCCAAUUCGAACCCGCCUCCAGAAACGCCGGCUCAGGCAGAGGCGGCGAUGGAGUUGACCCCUCUGCCGGACGUUGAGCUGUGGGCGGCCAAAGCGGAACAGGCGUCCACCCCCAGCGGUCCUGGCCAACCCGGAGAGGGGGCCUCGUCCCCCUGGCUCUCGAGCGAAGGCUCCCCGGCGAGGAGGACCUGUCAAUCAGCCAGGCGGACAGCAGCACCUACUCUCCCCGGGGCUACUUCUACUACCUCUCCUCGUCCGGGGACACUUGCGAUUCCUCAGUCUUCUACUGCAAAGGGUCCCCCUCUCUCGACGACGAGUCUAGUGGCACGUCCUGCAGCCCCUCCAGCCCCGUUUCUGAAGGCAGCGGGAGGGAAGAAGUUGCCUCUGUCUCGGAGGCCGGUGAGCUCCUCCCGUUGGACAGUGGCUCCCUGACCCCUUGAGCUGCGCAAGUGGGGAGCCCCGAUGUGAAGCCGAUUUUCUGCCUGGAAUUGAGCAGCACAGGGAAUCAUCGCCUGUUCCUCCAGCUUUGCUCAGUGACUCGGGAACAUCCCGACUUCUUGACCGGCUGGGGGAAGUUGACGCUUUCGGCGUGUCGCCACGUCCGAGGGGAAGGGGACACCUGUUGGCUGUAGCCGCGAAGAGCCUUACUUUUUUAAAAAAAGACUUUUGCUCCUUCUCAAAGCUUGCAAAACUGUGAGACUUUGGCAGGCCCAGAGCUGUGUUCUGUUCCACGUGGCCACGGCUUUCCCAAAGGGAUUUCCGAGAAGGAUCCGCAUGUGCUGCUGUUGUUUAUUUGCAGAGUUUUGUUAGCACCAUUGCGGUGAAGGGUCAAGCACUCCGUUGAGGAUCUUGCCGACGCACAGAUGCCCAGCUGUGGGUUGAGACUCUGUCCUCUUGAUCCUCGGCCGGUACUAGCAGCUGGGAGACAAGCACAGCUACUAGAGUCAUCUUAUUUUCUGCGGGUCAGCUGGCCUUGGCAGAGGAAUGUUGCAAACCUUCUAAAUUCUGUUGGCUUUGCUAACUGCCUCUUUUCUCUGUCACAGGGUGGGUAGGGACCAACUGCAGCGACCUUUGUUCAUCCGGUCUCUGUGGGUCAUGUGUUUCCAGGGCCGUACCAUUUUUCGGCUUGCCCGGGGGAACCAUGCGAAUGCUCCCACCACACCCAGUGCAAAUUCAAUGCCUCCUUACCAUAUUGCGGAGCGGGCAGAGGAGUUCUCCAUCCUAGCGUUGUUGCAUUUGAAACGGAUGGGAUUGUCCGCAAAGGGCUCUCCUAUCCCCCAGCCAUAUCCUUAAAUAGUACAGUCCGGCAGGAUUGCAUCGGGUGAUAUUUGUUGCAUGUGCUGAUGGGCUGCAAGACCAUCGAUUAAGCCAGGCUCAAAGGAGGUAAACCAUCGUUAAGAUGACAGGCUGAACGACAGCCGUCCUCUCACAAGGGUGGUUGUAAAUGGCAGUGGCGAUGGGCAGCUUGACGUUUCAGAUAUGGGAAGGGGCCAGGGAGGGAGGCUGAGGCCAGCUUAGAGCAGGUGGGGAGAACCUGUGCCUCCAGAUGUUGCUGGACUACAACACCCAUCAUCCAUGGCCACUGGCGUGGAUGAUGGGAAUUGUAGUCCGGCAACCUCUAGAGGCACAGAGGUGCCCCAUGCCUGAUCUAGAGGGUUGUUAGGAGCGGCAACCUGCCUCUGGCCAUUUUGGCCCGGGGGGGGGUGGUGGUGAGAGAAGGGGUGCCCUCAACAUCUAGCCCUACUGUGACACAAGUCUUAAAAACCUUAGGUUGAGCCCCAUUCUUUUGUUGUUAAAAGGGGGUUGGCCUUUUCUCCGAAGCAAGAAGAUUGUGUUGUCCAAAAGAGACCUCAUUGCCUCCUGUUCCCAAUAGGUCAGGGGGGGUUGCCCAUUAUUAUUUUUAAAAAGCAUCCUAGUUUUGGACAUGGUGGGAGUUUUCAUGUGUACGUCUGGGGGGGACAGACAAGACGGGGCGUCACACGUAAAAGUUGGAAGCUCCUUUGGCUCUGUGUCCACCUCGUCCCCCCACAAACAAAAUGCAGUGUUUGAACUCAAUGUGCGUUACAUGCAUUAUUACAUUGAUUCUUGUUUUCCUCUCUAAAUAAAGGCUCGUUUUUGGAUUGUU